GUCCCUGUGGUAAUCCAAAGAGCAUACGCCACUCGCCUCUUCAAUCUGCUACUACGCGGAAUCAAAGUCUCCAAUUCGCGCCCAAGCACCAACCAAAAACGUAGUCUGAUCCAUAAAAGCAUGAGCGUGUUUUUGUUUUUCCUAACUGUGGCGUCCUGGAUUGGCGCUUUUCAAGCACACCGCAGUGCACUGAAUGAUUUCCAGCGUUCAGAGGGGAGAGAGCUGAUUCUAAAGCCAUGGAACGUUGACCGUGAGAUUCUGCACCCCGGAAUUACUCUGGAGGAAUGUGCCAAAAAAUGCAAAGUCAGCCCGGACUGCAGAGCUUUCAACUAUGAGUUCCGUCCUUCUGUAGUCUGUAAACACCUACCCUGUGUGGGCAGUGGUAAUGGUGCUGAGGUGAAGAGGAAUGUCAACUGUGAUCUGUAUGAGAUGAAAGUCUAUGUAAGGAAGUGCAUCAUGGGUAAAGGAGAGGACUAUCGGGGGGAGGUGUCUAAGACCCAGACCGGGCGAACAUGUCAGCAGUGGUGGUCAAAGUUCCCUCAUGAUCAUAGAUGGACCCCUUCUCCCACUAAUGGCCUGGAGCUGAACUUCUGUCGUAAUCCGGAUGGGGACCGUAUUGGACCCUGGUGCUACACUACAGACCCAGAACGCAGAUAUGAGAGCUGUAAUAUCCCCCAGUGCAGAGAUGAGGUGUGUAUCACCUGUAAUGGAGAGGACUAUAGGGGUCAGGUUGACCACACAGUAAAUGGUCGAGAGUGCCAAAGAUGGGACCAGCAGUAUCCACAUCAGCACAUCUAUCAGCCAGAAAAGUACCCUGACAAAAGUCUGGAUGAUAAUUACUGCCGGAACCCAGACGCCUCCCCUGUACCCUGGUGUUACACCACCGACCCAACAGUGGAGAGAGAGAGCUGCAACAUCCGCAAGUGCUCCGAGGUCCCGAAGCGUCGCAGCCGAUCCAGCUACACCACCAACUGCUUUCGGGGCCGCGGAGAGGACUACCGGGGCAAAGUGAACGAGACCACCUCAGGCAUCCCCUGCCAACGCUGGGAUGCUCAGAGCCCCCAUGGGCACCCGUUCUAUCCCCACACCUAUGAGUGCAAAGGACUGGAGGAGAACUACUGCCGUAAUCCAGAUGGGUCAGAGGCACCGUGGUGCUUCACGUCAGUGCCUGAGAUGAGGACAGCUCUCUGCCUACAGAUCAAGCGCUGCGCGGAUGACGUCGAGGCUGAGGACUGUUAUAAUGAAAAUGGCAAGAACUACCGUGGUGUUGUCCGCAAAACACGAAAGGGCAUCCUUUGUCAGAGGUGGAGCGUAAACACACCACAUAAAACAAAGAUCAACCCAAAGACACACCCAGAAGCCAACCUGACAGAGAACUACUGCAGGAACCCGGAUGCAGACCUGCACGGACCCUGGUGCUACACCACCGACCCCAAGACCGAGUUUGAUUACUGCGCCAUCAAGCAGUGUGCUGGAAAGAAAGUGCCCAUCAUGAAGCCACCAGAGAGUGUCGUGUUUAAUGAGUGUGGGAAGCGUGAUGAUCGCAUGGUGAAGAGCAGGCUGAGGAUUGUGGGAGGCACACCCGGAAAUUCUCCGUGGACGGUGAGCCUGAGAGACAGGAAAGGGAAACACUUCUGUGGUGGAUCUCUGGUGAACUCUAAAUGGGUGAUCAGCACCAAGCAGUGUUUCUCCUCCUGUUAUGUGGAGCUCACAGGUUAUGCUGCUAUGAUGGGUACUCUGUUCCAGAACCCAAAAGAAGGAGAGCCAGACAUCCAGACCAUCCCUCUCAACAAAAUCGUCUGCGGACCUUCCGAGUCCCACCUAGUGUUGCUACAGCUAGAAACCCCUGCCCAGAUAAAUGAGCGUGUGUCACAGAUAUGUCUUCCUCCUGAACGCUACAUAGUUCCAGAAGGAACUGUCUGCGAGAUCGCUGGUUGGGGGGAAACCAAAGGAACAGGGGUUGAGUCAGUGUUAAAUGUGGCUCAGAUGCAAGUCCAGAGCAACAGCGAGUGUAACAAUUACUUCAAAGGUCGUGUGAGGGAGAAUGAAAUGUGCACCACCCCUUUCUUUGGUGGAGUGGGUGCCUGUGAGAGAGACUAUGGAGGUCCCCUGGCAUGUCAGAACAGUGACUGCUGGGUCCUAGAGGGUGUGAUCAUCCCAAUGCGUCGCUGUGGCCACCCCGGCCAGCCCAACAUCUUCAUCCGCGUCUCCAUGUAUGUUGACUGGAUCAAGAAGGUCAUGGAGAUGGCGUAGCAGGUGGCAGGCCCUUGGCCCACAUCACAGUCUACUGCUACUUGGAUAUACGCACCCAGAAGCAGCAGCAAUGGGACCAGAGCAAAGUACCACAACUCUUAAGUCGAAGUCCAGAGACCUUGACUGUAAAUUGUUGCAAGGAAAAAUAUCUGUAUUCCGUUUUUUUGAAGUCUCACAGUACAUGUUUAUAAAUUUACUUAACUGAAAGUAAAUGCAAUGUAAUUUUUAACAAGUUAAAGCUUAUUUAUCUUUCACUAUAGUUUUUUUUUCUUUUACACUGAGCCCUGAAAGUCUAGGGGACAUUUAAUAUGGAGCUUGUAGGCCACUUUAGUUCUGCUGACUGUUACACUACCUUCAUCCUGUGGCACCAUUUGCUGCUGUAGCUGCAAAAGUCUUAAGUGAAUGAGAGUCACUUUUUACCACCUCAUAUUUUUGCAACAACGGCCGAUAUAAUGUUAGUACUCUGAAAUUUCUAUGUAUACAAUGAGCUUUUAUUGUUUUAAUAAUGUCACCUUUUAAUAAAUCAUGGCAUGGAUGAAUGGUUAA